AUGUCGGUCGACUACCUCCUCCACGAAUCCUCGGUGGGAUAUGCCGUCUUCGCCGUCAAAUUGCAGUCGGACAGCAUCGGCUCGCGCCUGAAGGAGGUGCAAGAUGCGCAGACGGACCUUGCCAAGUUUGGCAAAAUGGUCCAGCUUAAGUCUUUUGCGCCCUUUCAAGGCGCCGCUCAGGCGCUGGAGAACGCCAACGAUGUCAGCGAGGGAUUGAUGAGCGACUACCUCCAGACUGUGCUCGAGGCCAACCUGCCCAAAGCCAGCAAAAAGAGCAAGACUUCGCUCGGUGUCGGCGACAAAGGAUUGGCGGGUAGCAUCAAGGCGGGAUUUCCCGGUGUAGAAUGCGAGACGCCCGAUACCAGUGAGCUUGCCGGCGACCUCCUCCGUGGUCUGCGCCUGCAUGCGGAGAAGCUGUUGAGCGGUCUCCAAGUCGGUGACAUUUCUCGCGCACAGCUUGGUCUAGGACACGCAUACUCCCGCGCCAAGGUCAAGUUCAGCGUUCAGAAGAAUGACAACCACAUCAUCCAGGCCAUUGCUACCAUCGACCACCUCGACAAGGCCGUCAACACCUUUAGCAUGCGUGUGCGUGAGUGGUACGGAUGGCAUUUCCCGGAGCUCAUCCGAAUUGUAUCAGAGAACCAGAAAUACGCCCAGUGCGCUCUGGCAAUUGGUGACAAGAAGACCCUCACCGAUGACUCCCUGCACGAGCUGGCCAAGAUUGUCGACGAUGACGAGAGCACCGCCAAGGCCAUCAUCGAGGCUGCCCGCGUGUCCAUGGGCCAGGAUAUCGGUGAGGCGGAUAUGGAGAAUGUCAUGAUGUUCGCCAAGCGCACUGCUUCCCUCGCCGCCUACCGCAAGCAAGUCGGCGCUUACCUCGUUACUAAGAUGGGCGUUGUCGCUCCUAACCUUGCCGCAUUAAUUGGAGAGACCGUCGGCGCACGUCUCAUCUCCCACGCUGGAUCCCUCACCAACCUCGCGAAAUACCCCGCCUCGACCGUCCAAAUCUUGGGCGCUGAGAAGGCCCUCUUCCGUGCAUUGAAGACCAAGGGCAACACUCCCAAGUACGGACUCAUCUACCACUCUUCUUUCAUCGGCAAGGCAGGCACCAAGAACAAGGGCAGAAUAUCACGUUUCCUUGCAAAUAAGACCAGUAUCGCGUCCCGAAUUGACAACUUCUCCCAACAACCCACACGGAAGUUUGGAGAGGCAUUGAAGGCACAAGUUGAGGAGCGUCUAAGAUUCUACGCCGAGGGCGUCAACCCGACCAAGAACGCCGAUGCCAUGAAGUCCGCCAUGGAUGCCGCACUUGCGAGCAUCAACGUUGAGGACCCCACCGCCGACGCUUUCAUCGACGACGACGCACCGGGUGUCAGCUCCAAGGCGGAGAAGAAGAGCAAGAAGAGCAAAAAGGUUGACGAGGAUGUUGAGAUGGCAGACGCGAAGCCCAGUAAGAAGGACAAGAAGCGCAAGUCAACAGGUGACGCCGACGCAAUGGACAUUGACGAGGGCAAGAUUGAGAAGAAGCUGAAGAAGGAGAAGAAGGAGAAGAGAAAGUCGGAUGUGCUGGCAGGUGGAGAGGUUCCAGUUGAGCAGAUCAAGGAAAAGAAGAAGGAGAAGAAGAGCAAGAAGUGA